GAUGAUCCCUCCCCGAGGCUGCCGCCGCCUCCUCCUUCUCCCGGAGCUGGAGCUACCCCCUCGGCCAGUGGCGUAGCCAGAGUCUGUGUCAGGGCCAGCCAGAUAGGGGCGGAGGUCCUGAGCCCUGUCUCGACUCGAGCGGGGGGCCAUGGAGAAAGCGGCCCGAGGCGCUUUCCACACCGACUAACGCAGGCCCGUUGCGGCUGCAGGCGCCAUGGACCGAGCCCCCGCUGACCAGAAUGUCAAGCUGUCAGCUGAGGUAGAGCCAUUUAUUCCCCAGAAGAAGAAUCCUGAUACAUUUAUGAUCCCGAUGGCACUCCCAAAUGAUAAUGGAAAUGUUUCUGGUGUAGAACCAACUCCAAUUCCCAGCUACCUGAUUACUUGUUAUCCAUUUGUGCAGGAAAACCAGUCCAAUAGACAGUUUCCGUUAUAUAACAAUGAUAUACGAUGGCAACAGCCCAAUCCAAAUCCUGCUGGACCAUACCUUGCCUACCCCAUUAUAUCUGCUCAGCCACCUGUUUCUACAGAGUAUACAUAUUAUCAGCUGAUGCCAGCACCAUGUGCCCAAGUUAUGGGAUUCUAUCAUCCUUUUCCUACACCUUACUCCAAUACCUUUCAGGCUGCAAAUACUGUAAAUACUAUAACCACAGAAUGCACUGAGCGUCCAAAUCAGCUUGGACAGGUCUUCCCAUUGUCCAGUCAUCGAAGCAGAAACAGUAACAGAGGACCAGUUGUACCAAAACAACAGCUUUUACAACAGCAUAUAAAAAGCAAAAGGCCACUGGUGAAAAAUGUAGCUACUCAGAAAGAGACAAAUGCAGCAGGUCCUGAUAAUCGAUCAAAAAUUGUGCUUCUGGUAGACGCUUCACAACAAACUGAUUUCCCAUCAGAUAUUGCUAACAAAUCUCUCUCGGAGAGCUCUGCCACAAUGCUCUGGAAGUCCAAAGGCAGGAGGAGAAGAGCAUCCCACCCGACUGCAGAAUCCUCCAGUGAGCAGGGGGCUAGUGAAGCUGACAUUGACAGUGAUAGUGGCUACUGCAGUCCCAAACACAGCAACAACCAGCCGGCAGCAGGGGCUUUGAGAAAUCCCGAUUCUAGCACCAUGAAUCAUGUGGAAUCAUCUAUAUGUACAGGUAGUGUAAAUUGGUCCAAUGUAACUUGCCAGGCAACUCAGAAAAAACCUUGGAUGGAAAAAAAUCAGACAUUUUCUAGAGGUGGAAGGCAGACUGAACAAAGAAAUAAUUCACAGGUUGGAUUCAGAUGCCGAGGACACAGUACUUCCUCAGAAAGAAGACAGAAUUUGCAAAAGAGACAAGAUAAUAAGCAAUUAAACACCAGUCAGUCUCAUAGAGGCGACUCAAAUUCUGAGUCUUUAUAUUUUGAGGAUGAAGAUAGAUUUCAAGAACUAAAUGAGAGUGGAAAAGUUAAAGAUGAGACUAUUCAGCAGAAACUUUCUUCAAAAGUAUUGGAUGAUUUACCUGAAAACUCACCAAUCAAUAUAGUUCAGACUCCAAUUCCCAUUACAACCUCAGUUCCUAAACGUGCAAAAAGUCAGAAGAAGAAAGCUUUAGCAGCAGCCCUUGCCACAGCUCAAGAAUAUUCAGAAAUAAGUAUGGAGCAAAAAAAACUACAGGAAGCUUUAUCAAAGGCAGCUGGGAAAAAAAAUAAAACCCCUGUGCAGCUAGAUUUGGGGGAUAUGUUAGCAGCUCUGGAAAAACAACAACAAGCGAUGAAAGCACGGCAGAUUACUAAUACCAGACCUCUGGCAUAUACAGUGGUUACUGCAGCUUCUUUUCACACUAAAGACUCUACUAACAGAAAACCUUUAACCAAAAGUCAGCCCUGUUUGACAUCCUUUAAUUCUUUGGACAUUACUUCCUCUAAAGCAAAGAAAGGAAAAGAGAAGGAAAUUGCAAAACUAAAACGGCCCACAGCACUUAAAAAGGUUAUUUUGAAAGAAAGAGAGGAAAAGAAGGGCCGUUUAACUGUGGACCAUAACCUUUUGGGAUCUGAGGAACCAAUAGAAAUGCACUUAGAUUUUAUUGAUGAUUUGCCACAGGAGACUGUUUCCCAGGAAGAUACUGCACUGAGCAUGCCCAGUGAUACUUCGCUUUCUCCAGCAAGUCAAAACUCUCCAUACUGUAUGACACCUGUGUCACAAGGCUCUCCGGCUAGUUCUGGGAUAGGCAGUCCAAUGGCAUCUUCAACAAUAACCAAAAUCCACAGCAAAAGAUUUAGAGAGUAUUGCAAUCAGGUUCUUUGUAAAGAGAUUGAUGAAUGUGUGACUCUUCUUCUUCAAGAGCUCGUCAGUUUUCAGGAACGUAUCUACCAAAAAGAUCCUGUGAGAGCAAAAGCAAGGAGACGACUGGUUAUGGGCCUGAGGGAGGUUACUAAACAUAUGAAGUUAAAUAAGAUCAAGUGUGUUAUAAUUUCUCCAAACUGUGAAAAAAUCCAGUCGAAAGGUGGCCUGGAUGAGGCUCUGUAUAAUGUUAUAGCCAUGGCACGAGAACAAGAAAUUCCUUUUGUGUUUGCCCUUGGAAGAAAAGCUCUAGGACGCUGUGUGAACAAGCUGGUUCCUGUUAGUGUAGUGGGAAUCUUCAACUACUUUGGUGCUGAGAGCCUGUUUAAUAAGUUAGUAGAGCUCACUGAGGAAGCCAGGAAAGCAUAUAAAGAUAUGGUUGCAGCAAUGGAGCAAGAGCAGGCCGAGGAAGCCUUGAAGAAUGUGAAAAAGGUACCACACCACAUGGGGCAUUCUCGGAACCCCUCUGCAGCAAGCGCCAUUUCUUUCUGCAGUGUCAUUUCUGAACCUAUUUCUGAAGUAAAUGAAAAGGAAUAUGAAACAAAUUGGAGAAACAUGGUGGAAACCUCAGAUGGGCUGGAAACAUCAGAAAAUGAGAGAGAGGUUUCCAGUAAGCAUAGCGCAUCAGAAAAGCCCAGUAAACUUCCCUUGGAUGCAGCCCCUGUUGGUAGGCAGCCGUCACUCCCGGCUGCAGGCAGUACUACCUCAGCUACAAACCCUGGGAGGUCAACAGUGAGCGAUAAAGAGGAAGUGAAGCCAGAUGACCUGGAAUGGGCCUCCCAGCAGAGUACAGAGACUGGUUCUUUGGAUGGCAGUUGCCGAGAUCUCUUGAAUUCCUCCAUCACCAGCACCACCAGCACCCUUGUCCCCGGCAUGCUGGAAGAAGAGGAUGAUGAAGAUGAGGAAGAGGAGGAAGAUUAUACUCAUGAACCUAUAUCUGUAGAAGUACAGCUCAAUAGUAGAAUUGAGUCGUGGGUCUCUGAAACCCAGAGAACAAUGGAGACUCUCCAGCUUGGAAAAACCCUUAAUGGUUCUGAGGAAGACCAUGCAGAGCAGAGUGGAGAAGAGGAGGCAGAGGCACCCGAAGUGCUAGAACCAGGGAUAGAUGGGGAGGCCUGGACUACUGACCACCAGGCAAGUCAGGAGCAACAGAAGCCUAGCAGCUGCAGCUCAGUGAACAACGAGCCCUCUGAUCUUAGUUAUCCGCCCCCAGGUCUGUAACUCAGGAAAUGCCCACUGUCUGUCUCCCAACUGUGUGAGGGUUGCAGCCAUUCUCUUUUAUGCUUCAUCUCAGCGUUUUGCACUGUCCAGUAUUUAAUAUAUGUAUUUAAUUUCUGACA